AUGCGCAGACAUAUAGCCAGGCCAGGUCAGGCCAGGCCAGGCCAGGCCAGGCCAGGCCAGGCCAGUCAGACAACGCCAGGCCAGGCCAGGCCAGGCCAAACACAGGCCAGACAGACCGUGGUCAGCCAGGCCAGGCCAGGACAGGCCGUUCAGACAUCAGGCCAGGCCAGGCCAAAAUCGCGCCAGGCCAGACACAGGCCAGGCCAGGCUGGCCAGGCCAGGCCGCACACAGGUCAGACACAGCGCCAGGCCAGGCCAGGCCAGGCCAGGCCAGGCACAGACACACGCCAGGCCAGGCCAGAUCAUAAGGCCAGGCCAGUCGGCUCACCGGUCAUCGGUCAUCGGUCAUCGGGCCGGCCGGCCGGUCCGGUCAUCCGGUCAUCGGGUCAUCGGGCCGGUCACCGGGCCAUCGGUCAUCCACCGGGUCAGGCCAGCCAGGCCAGGCCAGGCCAGGCCAGCCAGGCCAGGCGCUGGUGCGCCGCCAGGCCAGGCCAGCGUCAGGCCAAACAUGCGCCAGGCCAAGCCGGCCUGCCAGGCCAGUACCAGGCCAGGCCAAACACAGGCCAGGCCAGGCCAGGCCAGGCUCAGGUCACCAGCCAGGCCAGGCCAGGCCAGGCCAGGCCAGGCCAGGUGCAGGCCAGGCCAGACGCCAGCCAGCCAUCCAGCAACACACAGGUACCAGGCACAACGCCAGCCAGCGCCAGCCGGCCAGCCAGGCCAGGCCAGGCCAGGCCAGGCCAAACACAGGCCGACAUACAGGCCAGGCCUGUGCCGGCUCACCAGCCAGCCAGCCAGGCCAGGUCAGGCCAGGCCAAAACACAGGCCAGACAUAGGCCAGGCCAGGCCGGGCCAGGCCAGCCAGGCCAGACACAACGCCAGGCCAGGCCAGGUCGCCACUACAGGCACAGGCCAGCACAGCCAGCCAGCCAGCCAGUCACCGGCCGGCCGGCCGGCCGGUCGGCCGGUCGGGUCCACCGGGUCACCGGCCCGCCCGGCCAGUCAGUCAGCCGGCCGGCCGGCCAGGCCGGCCAGCCAGAUCGGCCAGCCAGUCAGUCAGGCCAGCCAGGCCAGGCCAGACCAGGUGCACAGGCCAGCGCCGCCAGGCCAGGCCAGGCCAAACAUGCGCCAGACACGCUGUGUCAGGCCAGGCCAGCGUGCCAGCAGCCAGCCGGGUCAUCGGGUCAUCGGCCGGUCAUCGGGUCAUCGGCCGGCCGGGUCAUCGGUCAUCACCGGGUCAUCGGUCAGUCAUCGGCCAGGUCAUCGGUCAUCAGGCCGGUCAUCGGCAGUCAGGCCAGGCCAGCUCAGGCCAGGCCAGGCCAGGCCAGGCCAGACAUGCGCCAGGCGCCGUACAGGCCAGGCCAGGCCAAACAUGGCCAGCCAUUAGGCCAGGCCAGGCCAGGCCAGGCCAGGCCAGGCCCGUACAGGCCAGGCCAGGCCAGACACAACGCCAGGCCAGGCCAGUCACCACAGGCUUCAGACCAGAACGCCCAGUCAGUCAAUCCGGUCAUCACCGGGUCAUCGGGUCAUCGGUCGGUCAUCGGUCAUCAGUCAGUCAGUCAGCCAGGCAGGCCAGGUCAGGCCACAGCCAGGCCAGGCCAGACAUUGCGUCAGGUCAUAACACAGGCCAGAUUACAGGCCACAGGUCAGGCCGGUACCAGGCCAGGCCAGGUCAUACCAGGCCAGCCGGUGAUCAUGCCAGGCCAGAUUACACGCCAGGCCAGCGCUCAGACACUGCGUCAGCUCAGCUCAGGCCAGUCAGCUCAGUCAGCUAAGGCAGGCCAGGCCCACGCCAGGCCAGGCCAGGUACCAGGCCAAACAUUGCGUCAGACACCAAGGUCAGGCCAGGCCAGGUCCAGACAGGUCAGGCCAGAUUACAGGCUCAGGCCAUACCGAACGCCCGCGACAGGCCAGCGACUACUGCGUCAGGCCAGGUCAUCAGGUCAGGCAUCAAACAUGGUCAGUCAACAGGCUCAGGCCAGGCCAGGCACAGGCCUGGCGUCAGACACGCCCGUCAGGCCAGACACAGACCGACAACGCAGGCCUGCGGCCAAACCACAGGCCAGGUCAGGCCAUACCGAACAGGCCAGCUCAACAGCCAGCCAGUCAGCCAGCACCGUACCAGGCGGUCAAGCCACGCCAGUCGGUACCAGGCCGACUACCGCGCCAGGCCAGGCCAAAAUCACCGGUCACCAGAUCACAACGUCAUAUCGGUCAUCAUCGGCCCGGGUCACCGGGUCAUCACCGGCCAUCAUCGGUCAUCGGUCAUCAUCCGGUCAUCGGGUCCGGGUCAUCGGUCAUCGGUCAUCAUCAGGUCGGGUCAUCGGGUCAUCAGUCAGUCCAGGCAUGUUGGUCACCGUCAGUCAGUACCUACCGUACCGCGCCGGUCACCUGCGUCAUCACAACGUCAUACCAGGCCAGUACAGACCAGGCCCAGAUCACUGCGCCAGGCCGGGUCACCGGCCAGGUCCUGCGUCAUACCGGUACCGCGUCAUACCGCGCCCGGUACCGUAUCAGUACCAGACACAUCGCGCUCGGUACCAGGCCAACGGUACCUGCGCCAGCGCCAGGCCUGCGUCAUACCGGCCACCGGUACCAGCAGCCCAGGCCAUACCGGCCGAGCGGUUGCGCCGGUCAUAA